CUGGUUGCCUCUUGCCUGACCAAUCAAAGUUUUCCGAACCCGCUUCUUCACCUCUCCACCACGACGCACACAGGCAAACCAGACUUCGUACUUUGCUAGAUUUCCCACUUUGUCAGGGGUUGCACUUUGCCCCCAAAUACAGGACAGAUCACAGUACCGUCUCAUGGUAGCACAAAACUGCGCUACACUCUACUUGGAAGAUUUCCGCACGAACUGCUCAGCACGAUCCAGUGAAGCGCUUGCUGGCUUCCUUAUAGAGAAGCGAUGACAACUGCCAUAUAUACGAACAACGUCCCUUCGGGCUUUGCACUACAAAUUAUCACUGCAUGUCCACCGAAGGACCGCGAUGCCUUAGCAGCGAAGUUAGCGAAGCUCGAAAAGAAGAUAUUUCCGUCUAGUGAGGCCUUCGACUACAAUAUUGAGCUCAAGAAGAAAAACAUUGGGAUUGUACUAGCCUCGAAACAAGGGAGUGAUGAGCUUGUGGGAUACCUUGUGUUUCAAAGACAGAAAAGCCUGGCCUGGCUACACAAGCUGGCUACUAUCGAGCAAGAGAGGGGUAAAGGUAUCGCUAGGUGUCUCGUACAUUCCCUGUACCAGCAGAUGAAGAAGGGAGGCUGUCGAACAGUCGUUUUGUGGGUUGACGAGGCUCGCAACCCAGCUAGGGCCCUGUACACGUCUUGCGGAUUCCAGGAAACUGAACGGCUCGAGGACUAUUACGGUCCCGGGCGAACAGCGCUGAAAAUGGAGUUGGCUAUCACAGAAUGAAGGUGAAUUUCUUCAAUAUUGUGUAUUUCAUGGCUGGUCUCAGUAUGCUGAGGUGGCAGGUUGUCUAUCCCUUGCAGUCGCCACCCCUCUGCUCUUCGCUAUCCUCACAUUCCUCUGCCAGCCUUGGGCAGCACGUAAGGCGCACGGCACGGCCACGCGCCCACGCGUUCAAGCGCGACAACGAAUUCCACGGCUCGGAAAGAGGUGGCUGUCAGUGACGAACGGCUUUCAGCAGGUCUGCUCCCAAAAACUACCCUCAACUCUGCGACAACCAACACUUGUGAACUGUUGCUAGGGCAGCAUUACUCCU